AUUGUACAAAAGCAUUCCACCUGGACUGUCAUGCCACUGCUAGAAGUUUGUGUGAUUUUGGGAUUGAGAAUAUGCGGAAGCUAAAGUUUUGCUUAUUGGUGGAAUGUAAUGAAAUCCAAACCAUUAUAAGUGGUGUGGAGUCUAACAAAGAACACACUAAUAUUUUGGAAUAUGGUCCAAACAGUUCUGCAUCUGGAGCUGGGUCAACUACUCUUUGGAGUGAAACCCAAUCCUUUACAAGUGAGAGAGAGUUUGAUGAAGAACAAGAUGAUAUGUUAGAAGAUGAUCCAAACAAUUCUGAAUCUGAAGGUUGGUCAAAUUUUGCUCAACAAGCUGCACUUUUGAAUUUACAAUACUUGCAUAUCUAUUACCUGAAGAACUUGGUGAACAUUUGGAGAACCCCAACCAAUGAUAAGCAGUGUCUACCUUGCUUGAAGUUCCUUAGACUUGAUAUGUGCCCCAAAUUGAGUGUCAUUUUCCAUCCCACUUUGCUUGCUAAUCUUGGCAUGUUGGAAGUGCUAAUUGUAAAAGACUGCCCUGAAGUGACCACUGUAGUAAGCCUAAUGACCAAUGAAUUCAUUGAUCCUCAAGUACUUUAUCUUCCUAGCUUGAAAAGGAUAUCACUACUUUACCUACCAAAACUGGCCAGCAUUUCUAGCGGAGUUCAAAUUGCACCGAAUCUAGAAAAAAUAGGCUUUUACAAUUGCCCAAAGCUUGAGAGUCUUUCUACAGGGGAAAUGUCAAGCAGAGGAUUGGAAGUCAUCAGAGGAGAAAGUAAGUGGUGGGAAGCAUUGAAGUGGAACGAAUCAGAGUGGGGGAAUCGGCUUGAUUAUCUCCAGAGCAUUUUUUGCCCAAUUACAAGGGAGAAAGAUGUGAUGACACAAAUGGAAGAGAUUAGUAGAAUUCCCUCAAGAGAUCAAACAAGAAUGGUUAUUUAAUGGCUUGGCUCUUGGACGGUACUAUGAAUCUAGGAACCAGCAUACCAGAUGCAAAGACAUCGCCCUGUGCAUAUUACUCAGAUUCUAAUGAAGUGGCAGAGGCAUUGCUGAGAUUUAAGCCUUCCAAUUCGGCUGCAAGUUUGUUCUGAAAAGCUAUAUUGUGUCUUUGGAAUUUAUGUGAUACAGAAUUACUAAUCUCUAUCUUAGACAUAUUUCUAUUAGAUGUUUCUUAAUAAUGAUUCACAAGAUUG